CGAUUCUCGGCAGCAAGUGUAGCAAUAUCCUUCCUGAAUUCUAUGUCUCGAUUUGCGCAACUUCAAAUCCGCAAGAUUGUAGUACAUGAAGAGAACAGGGCCGUGGCUUGGCCCCAGUGUCACGCGCAAGGCUUUAUCCCGUUCUGUCAACGCAACCCAAAGCUACGAAUCGAGCGAGUCGAUCUCUGGAAGGCGACACUACCAGCCGCAUCGGGCUUGUUGAUAGACAACGAAAACCCGCGACCUUACCAUUGGGGGGGAAAGGCGUGCGAUUGUGCGCAGGCCGACUCGAUCACGUCGGGGAUUCACGACGAAUAGGGCUGCAUCGCCAGCUGGAUCAUGGAAGUGAUGUCCCUACAUUCCCUUGGGAUGCCACCUCAAUCCUUCCGCAUGGUCAUCGAUGGUGAUCUUACUCCGACACAAUCGACACGCAUCUUUGAUGUGGCCAAACGCGAUGCUGCAUGGCAAAUCGCCUUUGAAGCGUGCUUGUCUGACCGUAGGAUCUGGCAAGCCCCUCUAGAUUGGUGGAAGAUAAGGCCUAACAGCGCGUAUAUCAUGGAUGGUUUCCCGGAAGCUUUACGCGCCAUGACAAAUGGCCAAUCGCCAGUCAGUUGCAACUUUGACAUUGGCCAAAUGCCGGAUACAGAGUCGCUCGUAAGUCAGGGCCGCAAAUGGACGUUGGAAGAGUGGGAGAAGAACUGGAGGGCUUCUAUGCCUGCUAAUAUCGACACCGAGGUGCCCUCGUGCAGCUGGCUCGAUCUCCAGCGCGAGAACACACUGUUUUGCAUGGGAAACGUACGUGCGCAUGUGAUUAUGCACAUAGAAUGUCUGGUUAUUUGA